GUUCUUUUUAUCUCUCUGUCUCUUAUUUCCUUAUUAUCAGAACAUUUACAUUCUUCGUUCGACCUUACUAAAAAAUGUAUCAAGAUACGCCUUACGACCAACAACAACAGAAAUAUUACCCGCCACCACCAUCGGGGCAAUACAACGCACCACCUUCUCAGCAACAACAAUUUAAUAAUAAUUACUCUUAUCCACCACCGCCUACUUAUGCCUCACAGCAACAGCAAGAGCUAUCAUACGCACCUUCUCCACAACAACCGCCUCAGGAUAUAGAAGGAGCAGGAAAUGGCAAAAUUCGGCCUUCUUCAGGCUGGAAUGACGUAUGGGCGACAAUAUUAUGGCUAUGUAAUUUGGGUGCUUUCAUAGGCUUAGCAGUAGUUGCAUGCCGGACAUUUCGUACUUAUCAAGGACACACAUCAGGAAGCGGCAUUCAAUCACAAAAUGCUGUGCCAGGAUUGACUUUUGAUACUAGUACUUUGAGAAUACUUGGAUUUUCGGCAGUGGUUGGGUUCGGUAUAAGUUUCUUAUAUUUACUUAUUGCCAACAUGUUUCCUCGCCCUUUGAUUUUGAUUACGUUUAUUGGAUCGAUCAUUGUGUACUUUGGUGUCACUAUUUAUUAUUUCGUUAUGCAUUAUUACUCUGCAGCCAUCAUAUUUUUGAUAUUUUCUUGCUUAUAUGCUUGCUGUUUCUUUUGGUGGAGGAGUAGAAUACCAUUUGCAACAGUUAUGCUUACUACAAUCACUAGUAUUACCAAAAAGCAUCCGAGUACAAUUGUCAUUGGUAUUAUCUCGCUGAUUAUUCAAACUGCUUUUAGCUUUUUGUUUAUGUUUACUGUCAUCGGUAUCUAUCAAACAUGGUACAGUUCAAGCAGCAAUAAUUCGAAGCUCAAUUGUGCAAUGGUAUUUUUGGUUUUUUCCUACUUUUGGACGUCGCAAGUCAUUACGUACACUACACAUGUCAUUAUAUCUGGCAUUUUUGCCACUGUUUAUUUUUUGAAUGAUGGUAUUCGACAUCCUGUAUGGGGAAGUGCUAAACGAGCUCUUACAACCAGCUUUGGCUCCAUCUGUUUUGGCUCUUUAUUGGUUGCAAUUGUGAAUAUGAUUCGUUAUUUCUUGCAAAUAGCACAGUCAAAUACCGAUAAUGCAUGUGGCGCAUUCUUUAUUUGCAUUAUUCAGUGUAUUGUUAACUGUGCAGCCGGUAUUUUUGAAUGGUUCAAUUAUUAUGCUUUCAGUGGAGUAGCUAUUUAUGGCAGACCAUUUAUCCCUUCUGCAAGACAAACCUGGACAAUGAUCAAAGAUCGCGGGAUUGAAGCAAUGAUCAACGAUAACCUCAUUGGCAAUGUACUAUUUAUGGGUGGUCUGUUGGUAGGUGUUUUAUGCGGUUUAUUAGGCUUUAUUUAUUUACAAGUUGCAAGACCAGCAUAUAAUGCAAAUGGUGGUAUGACACCUGUGAUUGUAAUGAUGUGCUUUUUAAUUGGCGCCUCCAUGUUCUCCACAAUUGCCACAGUUAUUUCAAGCGGUGUAGCGACCACUUUUGUAUGUUUAGCUGAAGAUCCUGAGGCCCUAAGAAGAACCAAACCAGAGCUUUAUGAACAAGUUCGACAAACUUGGCCGCGUAUAGUCCAAGGCAUAUAGAUUUCAAUUCGUUUGUUUUUUUUUUCUUAGUUACUUUGGUAUGCACAUACAUCAAUCAUUUGUAUAUGUACAAAUUACUUUUUUACUUUAUAAUUCUACAAUUUUGACUUUUCUGAUCUGAUAACACAAAAAGCAUGCAACCCAGAAUCUACCGAAAAGAAAAAAGUUCGAACGGACUUUGAAACCUUAAAAUCAUUUCGACCCCUCUUUCCCCACCAGCCUACCCCUCCAAAAAAAAAAUAGAAAAUAAAAAUAGGUGGUUUCGUC